UUUAAUACAAGUACAAGUUACAAUCCUGUGAUUUGUCAUUUGUUGCAUUGAUUGAAAUUGCUAUCUUUUGCAGGUUUUUAUGUGGCACGGAAAUUGAAUUUCUAUUAUUUUUCAAAUUCACUGCUUCGAAUUAAUCUCUUGGAAUGGCGUCACCGCGUACCCGUCGUAAAUUGAACUCUAUACGCACGCAAGAUGAGAACCACAAAUGCUUUGAAUGUGGCACUCUGAAUCCUCAAUGGGUGUCUGUGACUUACGGGAUUUGGAUAUGUUUGGAGUGCUCGGGUGUGCAUCGCAGCCUUGGAGUUCAUUUAUCUUUCGUUCGGUCGGUUACCAUGGACAAAUGGAAAGACAUCGAGUUGGAGAAAAUGAUGGUUGGGGGCAACUUAAAUGCUCGCGUAUUUUUUGAGAGUCAACCUGAUUAUAAGGCGGAAAUGAAAAUUGUACAGAAAUAUAAUACUAAAGCUGCUGCCAUGUACCGUCAAAAGAUAACAGCACUUGCUGAAGGUCGUGACUGGAGUCCCUCUGAUUACAAGCCAGAGAUAACAGAAAGGUCUUCUGACUGGAGCCAGUCUCAAACUUUUUACUCAUCUGGUGAUAACACAUUCCAUACUAGUGGAUCUGACAAUAACAUAAGUUACCACAGUGAAUAUGGCAGUGGUCGCUACACUGGAUUUGGAAACACACAAAAACAAUCUCACUCUACACCCAUGUCCCCCAUCCACAGUGGCAAUGAGAUUGUUGAUAAUACUCUGGCAUCUCUAGCUUCGGGCUGGUCAAUGUUGGCUUCAUCAGUGUCAAAAGCAGCGCGCAGUGCAACUGAAAAUGCUGUGCGUUAUGGAGGAAUAGCAUCGCAAAAAGUAUCUGAUAUGGCUUCCACUGUUACUGAGAAAGUGAAUAAUCGUGGUGGAUGGAGCUCACUUGGUGGUAGUGAGCUGCGUCGUACAAGCAACUCAAGUACCCAUUUCCAGUCUACUGGCUAUGGUGCCAUGAAAAAUUCUACAUCUGAACCAUAUUCCAAGUGGAAUGAACAGACGCAGCCUGGUGCAGUGCAGUCUGUCGCAGCGCGUAACAACUUAGAUUCACGCGAUCUGUCUCAAGUGGGGGUAUCAAGUCCUCCACCUGACAUUAAGAACAUAAUUAUCAAGAAGAAAAAACAAGAUGAUGAUUCGUGGGAAUGGCUUAACAACUAAGUCAACUCUUGCAUCAAAUUUAAAAAAUCUGUGUCAACGGGCAACUGUAUUAUUCUUCAAUGGUGACAGCUGUAACUUAUUUUAUAUUUUCAUUUUAGUACAAAACAUAUUUGGUAAAUUAUAUAAGAAAAAUAAUCUACAAUCACAAUAAUUGUAAUAUAUUAUUUAAUUUUAACACGCAUAAAUUAGCUUCACUAACUAUGCAUGUAAGAAAAUCUUGGAAUCUUAAUUUGACCCACUUCCCGGUCUUCGAUUAGGAUGAAAUUUUGCACACGCUCUGAGGUCUGAUUUUAAUACAUGACUAGCUAAGAAACGUUACAUUACAAACCCAAUAUGGCGGACUGGCUGUUUGAAAUACACCCCCAUGAUAUGGAUAUCAAAUGAAAGGGUUUUCUGUCAGGAAUACGAAAAUAAGAGUCACGUGACUUAAAUCCAAUAUGGCGCACAUGCCAUUUGAAGUGCACCCCCAUGAUAUGGGUAUCAAAUGAAAGGGUUUGCUGUCAGGAAUACGAAAUCUUUGUUUUCUCCAUUUGUAAUCUUUAGUGCGUGCUAAAUGCGUGUUUUUUAGUUUUUUAAAUAUUAUUAUUUUUAUUAUAGUUGAAUGUUAGUUAGCUCAAUAGUAUGUGUGUAGAUUUAAUAUCUUAUGCAUUGUCAACUAAUUGUGUUUAAAAUAAUAAUUGACUUUUUGAAUAGAUUUGAAGUUAAAUUACAUUUAAAGAAUUACGCUUAUGAAACUAUUUUUUAAUGCAAUUUUUAUAUUCCAAUUUGCAUGUAAUUUUAUCAAUGGUAAAUUUUAUUGAUGUUGACUAAAAUGUAUUUAGAUAUCUACCUAGUUUAAGAAUAUCUCAGUAAUAUUUUAAGCUUAUUCAAAAGUACUUGGAUAAAUAAUACUAGAUAAUUAUUAUAUAAAAUCAAAAUAUGUCAGCUAUACAAAGGAAAAAGUUGGCCAAAUAUUCUAAUAGAAUUUUUCUGUUAUAUCUAUAUAUCUGUCGAAACAGUCCCCCUGAACAAUACUUGCGGAGUGUUUCGAUUUUUUUAAUGAGAAGUAUAUUAUGGUGGUCAUAAAUUAAAACUUUAGAAAGUAUGAAUGAGAAUAAGAUCAAUAAAAAAUAAUUUACCAAAAGUAUUAACUAUGCUAUAUAUAUAUAUACUACUAUAACUAGUAAUUUAGGAAAUUAGGUACAACAACAUUAACUUCAAAUAGUUUUUUACUCCAUAUUGGGUGUAAGGUUAUUUCUGUAAUCAUAUUUCAAAUUACUAAAAUGGAUAUUCAUAUGGAGUUAUUGUGGCCUCAUUUCUUAUUGAGUUAAAUUUAUCUUGAUGUGUAGUUGUAAGAUAGCUGUUAGAUAUUAAUAUGUUGCCUAAUUUCACUGUAAGUUUCCUAAAUAGUAAAAUAUUUGUAUGAUCUUAUUUUAAUAUGUUUAUAUCUCAAUUUACUCUUAACUAAAGUUAAGGCACAAAAUACUUUACCUAAUAUCAAUUUCUCCUGUCAUUACUUUCAUGUUCUGUUUUAUUUCCUUUCCUAUUUCUUCUGAAUGUACUUUACUUCUCCGUCCAUUGCAAUGGUAUGGUUAUACAUGAAUCAAAUAGAUGUAAAACUGCCUUUGCUUAUCAAUAUCUUGGUAUAGAUUUAUUGAAAAUUGAAAAGAAAAGCAUUUUUGGCUCAUAAAAAAACUGUAUAGACAUUCUCAAACACAAUGGAGCUGUUACUGGUGUUUUAAGUGUUCUAUUAGUGCUUUUCUCCGUCCAUAUAAUCUUUUGGCUGUAACUUGUCCUUCUAAUUAAAUGGACUUGUAAUUUUUGGUAUCUUGUAAAUUAAUAAAAUUAAAUAUGUAUUAAUCAACUUGUAAUAUUUGAUAUGCAAUUUCUGUAUGUCAAUAAACUAGUGUAUGGUUGGAAGGGUGGAACUGAGCCUAUAUUUUGUUAUUUAGUUAAGAAUAAAGUUACAUAUUAAAAUAUGUAACUAGUAAUAAUUUGUAAAAUUAAUAUAGCUAUUUAAUUACAAAUUAUUAUUAUUAAAAUGACAAAACAUGUAUUGAGACUUUUUUCAAUUUCAGAAAAUUAAAUACAGUCUCCUAUAAUUGUUCUCCUAAAACUUUCACAUACCAUUAUUGGCAAUUAUUGUCCCAUGAAAAAAUGUACCAUGUAUGAGUAGGUAUUUAUAUUAAACUGUAUAUUGCAUGUUUCGAUUUAUUAGAGACAAAGUUUACAAAAGGAAUCCUAAAAUUAUUAUUUUAUAUUUUUUCUAAACCCAGCUUAUAAAGCAUUAAAAGAAGAAAAUUAUUUUUAUCAAAUAUUAGAUAAGCAAAAACUGUUUCUGUCUCCAAUAGUUAAUUAGAAUGUUGGCCAUGUCAUAGUAUAAUUUUUAUGUUUAGUAUUACAUUAAAGGAAAUAAAUAAAUAAAUUACCUUGCAA